CUCGCAUCUAUUCCAUCCCCGAGACAGUCCAGCCAGUCUCAACCCCAACCCAGACCCAGACAACGACACAGACCAUGGCGGAAAAACCCGCGCCCAGCGUCUCGCACAUCGACGCCCCCGAUGCCCAAGAGCAAGAGCAAGUGCAAGUCCGGGACGUCAACAACGCCGCUCUGGCGGUGGCGACCAUCCAGCAGAAGCCGAGUCUGUGGAGCAAGAGCAUGUUCAAGCUGUACGGCUGCAUCGCGGUGGCCAUCCUCAACUCGUGCAUCAACGGCUACGACGGCUCCCUGAUGGGCUCCAUCAACAGCUACCCCCAAUACCGCGAUUACUUCGGCUUCGACCCGAAUAGCGGCACGCCGUCCACCGGCAUCGUGUAUGCUAUCUAUACGAUUGGGAAUAUUGUGGGCUCGUUUUUCGCGGGGCCGUUUACGGAUUUUAGAGGCCGCAAAAUCGGCAUGGCCCUCGGUGCCAUCUUCAUCAUCAUCGGCACCGUCGUGCAAGCCACCUGCCACAACCUGGGCGGCUUCAUGGCCGGGCGUUUCAUCCUGGGCUUCGGGGUCGCCAUCUCCGCCACCGCAGGGCCCGCAUACGUCUCCGAGAUGGCCCAUCCGUCGUAUCGCGGCGCCAUGACCGGGCUGUACAAUGUGCUGUGGUUCGGGGGAGGCAUUCCCGGAACGUUCAUCCCGUGGAGGACCAGUCAGUUGCAGGGCACCAUGAGCUGGCGGAUUCCCAUCUGGGUGCAGAUGGUCUUUUCGGGGCUGGUGCUGGUUUUUUGUCCGUUUAUUCCCGAGAGUCCCCGAUGGCUCAUCUCGCGCGACAAGCACGAGGAAGCCCUGAAAGUGCUGGCCGAGUACCACGGCGACGGGGACCGCAACGCCCCCAUCGUGCAGCUGGAGUACCAAGAGAUGAUGGAGGAUAUCUCCAAGACGGGCAGCGACAAGCGGUGGUGGGAUUAUCGCGAGCUGUUUAAUACACGCGAGGUGCGGUAUCGGUCUAUGCUGGUGAUUAUUAUGGCAAUAUUCGGCCAAUGGUCCGGCAACGGCCCCGUCAGCUACUACUACCCGCAGAUGCUGCGCGGCGCAGGGGUGACGAGCAACAACACGCAACUGCUGCUGCAGGGGCUGCAGAACGUGGUGUCCCUGCUGGGCGCGCUCUCGGGGGCCCUGAUCACCGACCGCAUCGGCCGACGCACGCAGCUGCUCGUGUCCACCAGCAUCAUCGUCGUGCUCUUCGCUAUCGUGACCGCGCUGAACGCCACGAAUGUCGUUGAUGGACCGGACGGCACCCCCAUCGCCAAGAGCGGCAUCAUGGCCCGCGCCCAGAUCGCCAUGAUCUUUAUCUUUGGCUUCGUGUAUUCGGCUGGCUGGACGCCGAAUCAGGCCAUGUAUCCGGUGGAGUGUUUGCGGUAUGAGUCAAGAGCGAAGGGGAUGGGGAUGAAUAAUUUCUUCGUCAACAUCGCCUCAUUCUACAAUACCUUCGUGACGGGGAUCGCGUUCACGGGCGCCGGCUGGAAGUACUACUUCCUGUUCAUCUUCUGGGAUACCAUGGAGGUGGUGGUGAUUUACUUCCUGUUUGUCGAGACAAGCAAGCGCACCCUCGAGGAGUUGACGGUCAUCUUUCAGCAGCCGCAUCCGGUCAAGGCGUCGCUGCAGAAACAUGAGGUGUUGGUGACUGAGAUUACCAAGGCGUAGGUAGUCUGAUUGGGUAGUUGUCUUGGGGGGGUGGGAUUAUUUUGGGUAUAUCCAUCUGGAUUUGGAUGUAGUUGAGGGGAAGGGAGGGACUGGAUGAGAAUCAAUGUCGUAUAUCAUAUCAUACACGUUUGGGGUCUGGUAGAUGGGUUGCAUACUUCAGGAAGUCUUCCCGAUGACUGUCUCGCUUACAGCCCUAACUCUCCAUCCUCCUCUCCAUCCCCAUUCCCACCAUGCAACC